AUGUCAUCAUUAUUUCGCCAGGAUACUCAUCCUGUAUACAAGCAGAUGCAGCCUAGCCUACACUCUCUGCUACUGUUAUUAUUCUCGAACGCUCUUUCCACAUCUGGGACCAGCGACGUUCUCUCAACGACUGGCACGGGUGCCAAGACUGCGUUCGCGUUGCUGUUGAUCACUGCCGCCAGGGAAGCUGUGGGCACUGCCAUACAUACAUACCACGCAAACUCGUCUAUUGAAGGCUCUCAGAAGACGGCAGAGUUAACCAAAACGAUUCUUGAAGUCGCUUUGCAGCAUCGUCUACAUCUUGAUGUUAGGACAUGUAGCGCCAUGUUGAAGGUGUUCAGAGUUGAGCCGAAACUGUAUUGCAAUGCGAGUUUUUUCAACGGUUCUUUCUACUUAGUCCCUUCUCCGGGCCAAUCUGAUAUGGGCGGGGCGUUGUUGAGUGCGGAUGGAGCAACCGUGAUACUCGCAAAUGGGCGUUUAUCACGAACGGUGGUGUAUCUCAAUUCCAAUCUAGAAGCCACCAGCGAACAUGAUCUACCAGACAAGAAUACGACUCAGAAGAGGUCUAUAUUCACGACGCCGCCUAUCUGA